AUGUUGGGAAAAGUGGUUGUCUUGAAUCAACAAAAGCCAUUUUUGGGAGACAGCCUUCAAUCUCAGCAAAGAAUUUUCAGAAACCAGCCAUCAGGAAUUGGGGCUUCCGAAUGCUUAUCUGCCAUAUUUGAGAAUGAUUCUUUCCUUCAACAAUGCUCUCAGAAAUAUCUCCUUUCUACUUCCUCUCUGAUUGAGGGUCCUUCUAACCCUAAACUUUCAAAGGCAACAAGGCAUUAA